CCUUUUAUUUUUCCUUGGUUUCUUUUCUGGUGUCAUUUCAGGAGCACUUCUGGAGCUUAGACAAGACAGAAAACAAGAUCCCACCGCAGCUCAUCUUCCAGAUCUGGGACAAUGACAAGUUCUCUUUUGAUGACUAUCUGGGCUCCAUUCAGAUGGAUCUCAACAAGAUGCCCAAACCUGCCAAGACAGCUGAGAAGUGCUCCUUGGAGCUGGUGGAUGAGACCCUCUCUUCCAGUCAUUUCGUGUCACUCUUUGAGCAGAAAACUGUCAAAGGGUGGUGGCCUUGUGUCACUGAGCAGGAUCAAAGGAAGAUCCUGGCGGGCAAGCUGGAAAUGACUUUGGAGAUCGUGGCAGAGCAGGAGCAUGAAGAGCGGCCGGCGGGCGUGGGUCGGGAUGAGCCCAAUAUGAACCCCAAGCUGGAGGACCCCAAGCGCCCCGAGACCUCCUUCCUGUGGUUCACCUCCCCCUACAAGACCCUGAAGUACAUCCUCUGGCGGCG